AUGUCACUUCUUUCAACGGAAUUAACCGGCGGGAAAGAGUCACGCUCUGGAAAUACCGUGUCCUGGACUCCAAGUUCCUGGAAGUCAAAACCCAUCAAGCAAAGUCCUAGCUACGAUGAUCAAGCAGCAGUCGAUAAGUCAUUGGCAAAACUUAAUCAUCUUCCACCACUUGUUCCCUUUGCCGAAAUAGAUCGUCUGAAGGAUAAUCUACGAAAGGUAGCCCAAGGAGAUGCAUUUCUGUUACAGGGUGGUGAUUGCGCGGAGCUGUUCGACUAUUGCAGUCAAGAUGCUAUCGAGUCCAAGAUGAAGCUCUUGCUUCAAAUGAGUUUGAUCCUCAUUUGGGGAUCUCACAAGCCCAUUGUGCGCAUUGCACGUAUGGCAGGACAAUACGCCAAGCCCAGAUCGAGUCCAAUGGAAAUGGUCGAUGGCAAGGAGAUACCUUCAUUCCGAGGUGACAUACUGAAUGGCUUUAAGACUGAUGAGAGGACACUUGAUCCAGAACGACUUGUUGAUGCCUAUUUCCAUUCAGCAGCCACCUUGAAUUUUGUUCGAGGCUCCAUCUCAUCCGGAUUUGCAGACUUACAUCGUCCGCUUGAUUGGGGUCUUGGUCAUGUCCGUGACCCAGAGCUUCAGAAAAGGUAUUCCGAUACCGUAGAAUCUAUUUCCGACAACUUGGAUUUUUUGCGUGCCACUGGCCACGACACUGGCAGUAGGGAAUUGAGCACCGUAGAUCUCUUCACAAGUCACGAAGCUCUUCUGCUAGAUUAUGAACAGAGUCUUACACGGGUUUCCAAAUCUCAUCUGGAUCAGCAAGGAACAAGCAGUGCAUCCGCUGAGAAGCUUUACUAUGAUACUUCCGCACAUUUUAUAUGGGUCGGUGAUCGAACACGACAAGUCGAUCAUGCUCAUAUCGAAUUCCUUCGAGGGGUACAAAAUCCAAUUGGUGUCAAAGUUGGACCAACAACCUCAUCUUCAGAUCUGCUCACUAUUCUUCGAACGUUAAAUCCCAAGGUUGAAGUUGGCAAAAUCACUCUCAUCACCCGUUAUGGUGCAGCAAAGGUUGGAAGCCUCCUGCCAGAUCACAUCAAGAUUGUAGAAAACAGCGAAUAUGCGAAGAGUGUCGUAUGGCAAUGUGAUCCUAUGCACGGUAACACUCGGUCAACCUCUUCAGGCAUCAAGACACGUCAAUUUGCAGAUAUUCUUUCAGAGCUUGAGCAAUCUUUCGUAAUUCACAAAGAGCAAGGAAGCUAUCUUGGAGGUGUACAUUUAGAGAUGACUGGUGACGCAGUUACAGAGUGUACUGGUGGGAGCCAAGGUCUACUGGACGACGAUCUAUCCCUAAACUAUACCAGCUUCUGCGACCCGAGACUGAACGAGAAGCAGUCAGUUGAGCUUGCCUUCUUGAUCGCUGGUCACUUGAAACAAGACAGGCAGGAUAAACAAAACAAGCGAGUCUGA